GUCCAGCAGCUUCAUUCACUGUGUUGCGAACUGUUGAAGAAAAUGUUUAUUUUCAUCUUUUUGUGCUGGAGUCUGUCUGGAGUGUUUGGUGUUGAUGCCGUGAAGUCAGUGUCAGUGACUGAGGGAGAAUCUGUCACUCUAAACACUGAUACUGAAAUACAGACAGGUGAACUGAUAAUGUGGAGAACUGGACACAACAGUCUCAUAGCUAAAAUCAAAGGAAAUAUCUUUGAGAGAUUCAGAGACAGACUGACACUGAAUGAGAAGACUGGAUCUCUGACCAUCACAAACACCAGAACCACAGACUCUGGACUUUAUAGAGUCAUCAGCACCAGAUCAAAGAUGCCGCUCAACACAUUCAAUCUUACCGUCUACGCUCGCCUGCCUGUUCCUGUCAUCAGCCAUUCUUCAAAACAAUCAUCAUCAUCAUCAUCAUCAAACUGUUCAUUGCUGUGUUCAGUGUUGAAUGAGAGUGAUGCGACUCUCUCCUGGUACGCAGGAAUGAGUGUAUUGUCCAGCAUCAGUUUGUCUGAUCUCAGAGUCAAUCUCUCUCUUCCUCUGGAGAUUGAGUGUCUGGAUGAUGCGUACAGCUGUGUGCUCAACAAUACCAUCAGCAACCAGACCACACAUCUCAACACUGAACUCUGUCGGUCAUGUUCAGGUCCAGUCUCAGAGUCACUGAUAGUGCUGAUCUCUUCUUCUUCUGUUGCUGGAUCUCUGAUGAUAGUCGCUGCUGCUGUCGGGAUCUUCUGCAUCUGCAAGAAACACAGAAAAACAGACAGAGAAGUCCAGACCCGUGAUAGAGAGAUCACUUACGCUGAUCCGACAUUCUACAAAAGACAUAAAACGAGACAGAGUGCUGUUGAGAGUGAUGCUGUGGUGUACGGAGGAGUCAUGAGACGUUGAUCAACCCUUGAAUUACAGAGCAGGAGAAGAUUUACAUGUUCUCU